UUGUUCCUCAAUGGUGCACGCAGUCGAAUACGGCCUUCAGUCAUUCACGGUUCGCGCUGACGUACAGAGGUUGGUUCGCAAUAGUUUCGCGCAACAUCAUAAAAAAGAAAGCAUCGCGAUGCCGGCCACCGAGGUGAACAAGGACCUGCAGAACGAGCGCAAAAAGUGCACCUUCAAAAAUGAGGAAUUUACCCUGUGGUGGGUUGGCGGGGAGGCCAAGCUUAAGGAGAAACGAUUCCGUGAGAAAUUCUUCCUGGGCGAGCCGGAGUUCUUCGACAAAGUUCCGCUGCACUUUGUCUCGCACAAGGAGGUGUACGAGGAAUCCGUCCGCAAGGCCACCGUCAUCUUCCGCAAGGUGAAACAGAUGCAGGAACAGGGCAAGGACGGUGUCGACAACUACAUGGCCCUUCUCGGUGGUCUGCUCGGUUCCGGCAUCAUAAAGGAGGGCAAUCCGCUUGGGGUGCACUUUGUCAUGUUUCUGCCGGCGCUGAUGGGCCACGGAACGCCCGAACAGCAAGCGGAAUGGAUCGGGAAGGCGUGGAACUGCGAAAUCAUUGGAACGUACGCGCAAACCGAGCUGGGCCACGGCACGUUCAUCCGAGGCCUGGAGACGACGGCGACGUACGACGAGAAGACCAAAGAGUUUGUGCUCAACAGUCCAAGCCUCACGGCGUACAAGUGGUGGCCCGGGGGAUUGGGACACACGGCCAAUUAUUGCGUUGUAAUUGCCCAGCUGUACUCCAAGGGAAAGUGCCACGGCAUCCAUCCGUUCAUCGUGCAGCUUCGUGACGAGGACACGCACAUGCCGUUGCCGGGUAUCUCGAUCGGUGAGAUCGGCAACAAGCUGGGCAUGAACGGAGUCAACAACGGAUUUCUUGGGUUCAAACAGGUGCGCAUUCCUCGCACCAACAUGUUGAUGAAGAACGCCAAGCUGCUGGAAGAUGGAACCUUCGUCAAGCCACCCUCGUCGGUGCUGACCUACGGAACGAUGAUGUUCGUUCGGGUGGUGAUCGUUCGUGACAUGGCCAAUUACCUCUCGAAGGCAGUCACAAUAGCGACGCGCUACUCGUGCGUUCGUCGCCAGAGCGUUAUCAAUCCGGAUCAACCGGAGGUGCAAGUCAUCGAUCAUGUAACGCAGCAGUAUAAGCUAUUUCCAGCCAUCGCCAAAAGUAUUAUUUUCAAGCUGACGUCGGACAACCUGUGGGACAUGUACAACCAGGUCACGUCCGAGCUGGACAAGGGCGAUCUGGAGCGGUUGCCGGAACUGCACGCGAUCGCUUGCUGCCUCAAGGCCGUCUGUACGGCCGAUGCUGCCCAAGCCGUGGAAACUUGCCGGCUGGCGUGUGGCGGCCACGGUUACAUGACCUGUUCGAACCUUUUCGGAACGUACGGUAUGGUGACCGCAGCCUGUACCUACGAGGGAGAAAACACGGUGCUUCUGCUGCAGACUGCCAGAUAUUUGCUCAAGGUGUGGACCCAAGCCAUGAAGGGUCAGGAACUCGUCCCAACUGUUCAGUACCUGAAGAGCUUCAUUUCCAACAAAAAUCAGCGUCAGGCCUGGGACGACUCCGUGCCCGGAAUCAUCCGCGGCCUGCAAACCGUCGCCGCCGGAAAACUUCGCCUGGCGUACGAGCACAUUGAGCAGCGCAAACGCUCCGGCUACACCCAGGAGGAAGCGGUCAAUCUAACCUCGAUCGAACUUUCCCGUGCCGCUGAUGCCCACUGCCGAGCCUUCCUGGUGCAGUCCGGCUACGAAAUGAUCGAAAAGUCCUGCACCACUCUGUCACCGGAGCUGGGUCGCGUGAUCCGAGACAUUUACGAGCUGUACGCGUACGACGAAGCCGUCAAGGCCGUUGGAGACCUUUUGAGGUUCACCACCCUGUCGGAGAGUGACGUGACGAGGCUGCAGCAGAAGCUGGAGGAUUCGCUGGCGGCGAUCCGUCCGAACGCAGUUGGCAUCGUGGACUCGUUCGACAUUCCCGACAUGGUGCUGGGAUCGGCGCUGGGUGCCUACGACGGAAACGUGUACGAGCGACUGUUUGAGGAGGCCAAGAAGAGCCCGUUGAAUCAGGAACCGGUGAAUAAAUCAUUCCACAUGUACCUUAAGCCGUUUAUGAAGUCCAACUUGUAAAAACGAACCCUGUUAUUCUUUAGAUUGUAAGCGCAUCGCAUGGUGAUAGAAACGCAAUAUUCAUACACAAAAUCGGCAAACGAUAUUGUCUUAUUAUGCAUUAUCAAUUUUAUACAUUCAGCUAGGGUGAUAUUUUAAUUAUUAAAAUAUUUUCAUUACUAAAAAAAA